UUGGUUCUAUUUAUGAUAGACGCGAGUUCGAGUCCCACCACCCCCUUUUUUGGCAGUUUCGAUUUUAGGGUUUCACAAAAUCGAAACUUUUGUCCGCCUCCAUUUAGCAGGAUCCAUCGACGAAAUUUUUUAUUCUCCCGCUUCUCUCUAUCUCCCUCCUUGAUUCGUUUUCCCUCUUCUCUCUCAUUGUUUCCUACUCGCACCUCUCCCUUACACCCCCUCUCGUCUUCGUUUUCAUUGUCGGAGUUCCAUCUUACCGCCGAUGCGGUCAAUGUUGUACAUAGAGACUCUUUUAGCCCCGGUCAUCUCUCUUCGCCAUCACCAAAUCCGUAUAUCUUCAUCACCGAUUCAUCGUCCCCCUUUUUAGCUCCGGUCGUUUGCGUUUCGUCGCCGUCAUCGGCUUGCCAUCGCCAUUGUCAUCAUUGUUUCAAGCGACCAAGGUUAUUACUCCAUGGCUCAAUUGCCCUCAUCUCUCUCUUUGCACCUUUGCUCGAUUUCUUCCCUAAAAAGGUUCGGAAAGCUGGUGAUCCAGGUAAUCACAGUUUUGCAAUCUUCCCUACGGUGAUUAUCCUACUGUGGCUUCUACAUGAGAAUGAAGUUUUUGAUCUUGUGUAUGACAGGUCCGUCAACAGUAAUUUUUAGAAUUAAACUAGGUUUAGCAGUUGGAAAUCAACUUGGUUUGGUAAGAGAUGAUUCUAUAUUAUAUAUUUAAUUACUUAUCUUUUGUUUUUAAUGUAUAUUUGCUUACUUGACCUAGUUGCAUAAAUGUUUGAGUUUGUAGAUCUGUGUAUUUAAAUUUCAGUUCAAAAGAUACAAUCCUACACAUUGUCACAACAAUAAAACAAGAAAGUACGUUUUGUGUUAGGUAUAUGUUUCUUUAUUUUAGUAAUGUUUAAAUUGUUUUCGGUUUACAAACAAGCUGAAAAUGGUGAGCCCAAGUGUUGUGUGUGUUUCCACUUUCUUGAUUCCCCUGUUGAAGCAAUUCAAUAUAUGGACCAUGGAGCUACUAGCUAUUUUGGAACAAUUGAAUUUGUAAACAUGUAGUGUUUGUUUUUUUAAUUAAUUAAUAUUUACUUUUGUAAGAUAUUUUGAACAAUGGAAUGAAAUGUGUCAAAGUUGGUAUUA